AACAUCCGUCCCGGUAGGCAUAUAGAUAUAUUAAUUUCGUCACGGAGAAACACGGGCCGACAACAUGCGUCUUUCUUGGAUCUUCAUUGCUGGUUUCGUUACGAGUAUUUGGUUGGAAACAUUGGCGUUUGAUUGCCAACUUGAUAUAAGCCAUCUUAAUAUCAAAUAUCAUAAUGUUAGUCAGCCCUACCUUGUGCCUCUUUACUUCGAAGUGUGCUAUUUUGCAGCUUCUCAGCGAACUGCCGAAGGGCUGGAUGACUACCUUGCCGUCAUAGACGUCCGUACUGCUUCUUACCAGAGCCCAACUCAGGACUGCACUCACUACCACAUUGGAUUUCUCGCUGCUGAGUCCGUUUGUAAAGUGGGAGAGGAAUACACUCCUGAAAAGUGUCAACCGAAAGAACCAAAGCUCUAUUGGUGGUGCAUGACAACGGUUGUAGAAGAUUACAGAUCGAAGGAUAUGCGACUGAAGAGCUUCGAAUGCAUGUACUGAGCAGCAAAUCGUCUCCGGUAAAGCCGUAAGAGCCACACGGUAUUGAAGUACUCCGAAGACACCAUUAAACAAUGCGCCCAAGGAACAUGCUGUAUUUUAUUCGUGAAGUAGCUUGGCAGUAACGCAUUAAAUAGCAUUUACCUACGCUAAACAA